CCAGCCUGUGAAGCUGUGGUUGCUGCAAUUUUCUCACUUUGGAUUGAUUUUUCAAUCUUUGAUCUCAGAUCUUUGAUUGUUCCUUUGGUGUGCUAAUUGACUGCUCCUCUCAUUCUUUCCUGUGAUCUAGUUCUGUUUGCACUCUCCCUCCUGCUGCCAUGGCCUUUUUAUUCAAGCGAAACCCCAAGACUCCAUCUGAAUUGAUCAAAAUUCUCAAUGACCAAAUUGCAAAGCUAGACAAUACUCCCUCUGAUCGAAAAAAAGCUCAGGAAGAAUGCACAAGAUACUUGAAUCAAAUCAAAAUCAUAUUGCAUGGUGACGACGAAAACAUUCCUCAACCUGACCAAAUCAAUCAAUUGGCCCAAGAAAUUUACUCCACAGAUUGCUUGUAUUUACUUGUAUCAAACAUCUCCAAUUUGGAAUUUGAUUCGAGAAAGGAUGUUACCAUACUAUUCAUCACCCUAUUGCGACGACCCCCAACUAUUGAUCAUCUCUUGAAUAAGAAAAAAAUACUCCAACUAUUAUACAAAUCUCCUGAAAUUCCAGAAUCCUCUUUAUUUGCUGGUCAAAUCAUUAGAGAAUGCAUUAAAUAUGAACCCUUAGCAAGAUACUUGCUAAUUGACAAUCAAACUUUCUGGAACUAUUUUGAAUACGUUAAAAAUUCGGCUUUUGAAAUUGCAACUGAUUCUUUCAGCACUUUGACCGAUUUAUUAUCUGUUCAUAAAAACUUGGUAUCUCAUUUUUUCGCCAAUUCUAACAACUUGUUCCAAUUCAUCAAAAACAUAAAUAACCUAUUAAUCAACGGCAACUACGUCACAAAAAGACAAUCAAUUAAAUUACUAUCCGAUUUAAUAUUAGAAAGAUCAAAUAACCUACUAAUGACAACCUUCGUCAGCUAUCCCGAAAAUUUAAAGUUAAUCAUGACUCUAUUAAGUGAUCGCUCUAAAAAUAUUCAACUUGAAGCUUUUAACGUCUUUAAAGUAUUUGUCGCCAAUCCAAGAAAAUCAAAACCUGUUAAUGAUAUCUUGAUUAAAAAUAGAGAAAAAUUAAUAACUUUUUUCCAAAACUUUAAUAUCGAUGAUAGAAGAGAAAAUAAUAAAACUUUACUUGAUGAGAAAGAAUUUGUUUUGCAACAAAUACUUGGUUUACCAAGAAUUAUUCCAAUUCAACCCUAUAGAGUUAAUUAA